CCCCACCAUGGGGACAUGGUGUUACAUUGCAGACAUCUGGGACAGCAACCAAGAAACCUAAUUCUUCGGCAUAGAGUGCCCUUUGUCUUCCUAAACUGCCAGGAUUGUGGGAAAACCAGAGCUCUUGCUUUUGGGGACCACCUGAAAGCUUUUGACCAGGAAGUCAAUGCGUUUGUGGACUAUAUGUUUGGACCUCGAGAUGCCAGGGUUAGAGGAUGGUUCCUUUUGGACUCUUACCUUCCCACGUUUUUCCUUACUGGAGCAUACCUACUCUGCAUAUGGCUGGGCAACAAGUUCAUGAAGGACAGGCCUCCUUUCUCUCUCAGGGCUCACCUCAUUGUGUAUAACCUUGGGAUUACACUGCUCUCCUUGUACAUGCUCAUAGAGCUUGUCCUUGCCACAUGGGAAGGAGGCUACAACUUGCAGUGCCAGAACCUCCACAGCGCUGGGGAGGCCGACAUCCGGGUAGCCAAGGUGCUGUGGUGGUAUUAUUUUUCCAAAGUAAUUGAAUUCAUGGACACUAUCUUCUUUGUACUGAGAAAGAAAAGCAGCCAGAUCACCUUCCUUCAUGUGUAUCACCAUGCCACUAUGUUUAACAUUUGGUGGUGUGUACUGAACUGGAUACCUUGUGGGCAAAGUUUCUUUGGACCCACUUUGAAUAGCUUUAUCCAUGUGCUUAUGUAUUCUUAUUAUGGACUGUCCGUCAUCCCUUCUAUGCGCAAAUAUCUCUGGUGGAAGAAAUACCUCACUCAGGCACAAUUGAUCCAGUUUCUGCUCACUAUUGUGCACACACUCAGUGCAGCUGUGAAGCCAUGUGGAUUCCCAUUCGGCUGCCUCAUGUUCCAGUCCUCCUACAUGGCCACACUGGUCAUUCUCUUCAUAAACUUCUACAUUAAGACAUACCGGAAAGCACCUUCAAGAACAACUAUAGAGGAAACCCCUGUCACAACAGAAAUCAAGAAUGGUUUCCAUAAGGACUACUUUGCUGCUGCCAAUGGAUUCCUGAACAACAAGAAAGCACAAUAAGUACAGUAUUUCCUAUGAUUUUUUUUUCUAAAAAAAAAUAAAAAUAAAAGAGACUGAAUUACAAGCUUUUAGCUUAAAACCUAUUUGAUUACAUUUAUCAGUUCUUUGUACCAGACACUCAUUAAUGUACUGCUAUAUAGGUUUUAACAAAACAAGUAGAAUGUCCUGUCAAAGAUCACCAUCAGAACAAAGAAGGCCAAGAUCUUUCUCAUAUGAAAAAAACCAAACUUUCUGAUCUCUAAUGCUGACACAGAAACGCCUUAUAAAACACUUGAUGGAUAAAUCCACCAAAGCCUUCAAAAGGUUAAGACCCUGUUCAGACUAAUACAGCAAGCACUUUCUGUGCAUGUGAGAGGUCUUGAGGCAAGGCUUCGCAGUGCAUCCAACACAUUCAGCUAAACUGUAGCCAAGGUCAGGAAAAGGAAGGGUAAGGAAAAAAAAAAAAAAGAAAAAGGUGAGAAUCAUACCUUUUCCAUCACCAUAUCACCACUCUACUUUUUCCUAGCUGUUUCCCAAAACACACUCCCUUCCCGUGGACACCAGCAAGGCACAGCCAUCCCUCUGGUCCUGUAGGAGCCCUAGGGAAAGACUUAAGAGAGGGCAGAGCCCAGGUACACCAUCUCAUAGUUUGCAGACAGACAUGCACCACGCUCACUUGGUUUACAUGUGUGCAGCCUGAGUCAAACACCACAAAGGCUGGCAGGAGCUUGCUGUUUCAGGUGGCUGGACUAGUAGCACCUAGGACUGCCCAGUAUGGUACUUAGAAUACAUAAUAUCAUAUGAUAAUAUGGAGUUUUGAGUUCUAGUCAGAGCAAAACAAAUAACUUUGGAUGUGCUAAAUUAAGAUGAAUUCUGAGUAAAUGGAUUUUGAAAGAAAUAGGAGGCUCAACAACUUAACAGAUAAAUCCUGUAAAAUGUACACGUAAACGUGCAUGAAGUUAAUCCUAGACAAACACUGCUAAUUUGAAGCAAACUGACAUGCCACAUAUUAAUAGACUGGAAGACACAGAAAAUCUUAAAAGUUAGUUCAUCACUGAGCAAAAGCACACUAUAUAGGGAUUUCUGCACUAGGUGGGCCUUAUUCAGACUGAUCUUGGGAGAAACAGAUGAGACUGAGGCAUGAUUCUCUGUAGAGAAAGCAAGGAGAUAUUUGCUGCCUGCAGCUGUAACAGUGUCUCAAUAGCCAGUCACCAUCUUCUCCGCUUCAGUCGGCUGCAUUUACCUCCCACUUAAAUGGUUAGAAAUUAAGAACACCCAAGGUUAUCUUUGAGGAUCUGCCCUUAUACUUUUCUCACUUAGCACACCCCAAAAAUCUCUAUUUAAAGUAGUCACAGCCUUUUUUUUCCUCUCCCUUCUACACAGUGAAGCAGUUCUGGUCUCUUCCAAUCUCACAUGUAUAAAUUCUCUCAACAAAAACACCUUUCAGAGUCACCCCAGCCCAAUAAGGCCCCAUACCAAAGCAGUUCUGUAAAGGGACCAUGUCCUCUGCCUUCUGCCACCCUCCAGGGUCCUAGGGCAAGGACAAACUGUUGUCCCUCAAACAGCAUUUGGUACAAGGUGUGUGCAAUAAGCCAAUCUUACACACAGAGCCAAGAUAUUUAUUUAUUCAUUCCAUGUUUGUGCAAAGAGGGGUGCUAGGUGGUAAUUCCACAAACCUAUCGCACCACAUCAGAGAACUUCAAUAUAUUGACACACUUCAAACUACACAAAUACACAUUUACUGUAACAGCCGUUAGUUGGUUUCUUAUCACUUUGUCCCUCAUUGGUUAUCAACAUGCCUCAUCUCUAAUUAAAAUUACAGUGUCUUUUAAUGAUUCUGUGCAAACUCAAAGAUUGAGGGGAGGGCACAUCUUGGUCUUAAAUUGAGGCGGUGGUCACAGCCUCUUGCGGCUGCCUUUACCUUUCCCCCAGUCACUGCUGAUUUUUGCUGUUUUCAUGCUUCCCAGGCACUCACUCAAUCUUUGGCCCCUUCUGGGGCAGGAUGUUUCCCUCUUACCAAUCUUUCAGCUCCUCUUCAAGGGUAUAGUCAUUAUCAAGGCCUCCAUCAUAUAUACAAAGGCUUACACAAUAGAGCCAAUGUUUAGUGGCUCUCUUUAGAAGAUCAGUGCUGUACAUUCAAUCCUAAAGUGUCACUACAAUGCCUAAGUGAGACUCAAACAUAGGGUUUUACUUAGCCUACAAAACCAGCACAGAGGGACUACAUGAAGAGAACGCUGUCCCAAAUCCUGCUCCUCCAAUCCUUCUCCAGCCCCCCAGGUCAGUUAUCUCCUCUAGAUCUAUCACCGGGGGGUCUUGGAGACUGCAGGUGCAAAGGUAUGUUCCAGGGAGUGGUGCAGGUACAGGGCAGCCAGGCUCAUGGGGAGCAGCCUGAGAUACUGCAGCCUGUUCUACAGGAAGGAGAAGGGCUGAGGAAAUGGUGCAGUACAGGGGAAGAACAGACAGGUUUGUCCAGCAAAAGCAAGAGAAGAAAAUGGUAUGGAGAAGGGUGUGUCAGGUCAGAGUUCAGUUUGAACUUCCACUUGAAAGUCCCAUUGAAUCCCAUCUGUCUCCAGGCAGCUCCAGCUUCUCUGCAAUGUGGACAAAACCUUUCUGCUUCAGCAGAAAACUGAAAUCCCCAAAUGCUGCAGCACAGGCAGUAUAUUUGAGCAGCUUGGUUGAUAAACUGCGUCACCAUGAACUAGGUAACCAAAAUAACUGGUUAUAUAAAAUACUCAAACAAUUUUACAUCACCACCACAGACAUGCAUUUAACUAGUGCAUAUUCAUAUUUGCUCCCUCUUCAUGAAGAUGGCCACAGGGAAAGUCAAUGUUUUGCUUCAUUUAACAUUCAAUAAAGAUGGAAGGCAGCAACCAAAAAAAACCAAAACCCACAGUCAAAGCCUGGAUGCUGUGUGCAUAUACUUGUUCUCACUGACCCUUCAAGAAGUUUUGCUUUGCAGAUCUUUCUGGUUGACACUUGUAAAAUUCACAAGCUGUAAGAAAUUAGUGGGUUUGACCGCAGGCAUUGUAAGUGGCCCUAAGGAAAGGGAGAGCUUCAGAGCUCUGCAGUCAUCAGCUUGAUACUGCAAACGGGGGUAAAGGCAGGCAGAACUGGAAGACCUGACAAGAUAGCACACAAGGCAACUCCCUGAACCACUUGUCUAAGGCAGGCAACAAAAUGGUCAUGUGGCCCAGCAUGGAUUUUAGGCCAAGCGGAUUCCGUAACCUUUUGAUGGCAAAGCAUGCAUUUGACUAUCAAGGUGAACAGCGUCAGCGUGCUAAGUGUUAAAGUUUACUAUGGCAACCAAACCCAGAGACACUGUCUUUUGUUUUGUUGAAACCUCAUUCAAAAUGAAAAUAAAUAAAUAAAUGCCUUACUUAAAACUCAAAGGGCUGGGGAAAAAAAAUAAAAUUAAAAAAAAAAAAAAAAAAAAAGGAAAAAAAAAGGUGGUCUCACCUUGCAGAUCCAGACCAGCCAGGGAGGCUGGAAUCAGGUAUGUUUAAAAUUCUUCAGAUCUGUCUUAACAUCUUCAAAAUGCUGCAACUUU